AUGGGCGAGUUUAAUCAGGCUGAAGAAAUAUAUGCACCACAACUUGAUACGACAGACGAAAAGAAUUGGCGUAAACAUGUUCAUCUCAAUCAUCAACUUGGAUAUGUCUACAGUGAGAAGGGUGAUUAUAAGACUGCGCUUUUAUACUAUGAAAAGGCGCUUAAAAAUGAACUGAACUUUCUACCAUCUGACGAUUCUUCACUAGCUCCGAUCUAUAAUAAUAUUUCUGGAGUGUAUAAUUCAUUGGGAGACUAUUCAUCUGCGCUUUCGUCUUAUAAAAAAGCACUCGAAAUAGAAGAGAAAUCUCUUCCUUCUGACCAUCCUACACUGGCUGCAACCUACAACAACAUCGGUUUAAUACAUGAAACAAUAGCAGACUUUGCCACUGCACUUUCAUUUUAUCAAAAGGCGUUCAAAAUUCGACAGGAAACGCUUCCACCCAGUCAUCCAGAUUAUGGAACCAUAUAUGGUAACAUUGGCGGACUACAUCAAGAAAUGGGAGACUAUCCAACUGCUCUCAAAUUCUAUCGACAGGCACUUGAUGUUCAAGAAAAAUCUCUUCCUCCAAAGCAUCCAAAAUUAGCUACAAGCUACGGUAAUUUUGGCUCUAUUCGCAAUUUGAUGGGUGACAAAUCAACAGCACUCGAAUAUUAUGAAAAGGCACGUGAAAUCCGAGAAUUAUCUCUUCCUGCUAAUCAUCCAGACAAAGCUGACAGCUACAAUUGCAUCGGCUCAGUAUAUAAUUCGAUGAAAGAUUAUUCCAAUGCACUUUCAUGCUACGAAAAAGCACUCGAAAUCCAGAAGCAAUCUUUUUCAGGAAAUCAUCCACGUUUUGCUAAUACCUACAAUAACUUUGGUUCGGUCUAUAGUUCGAUGGGAGACAAGCAAACUGCGUUAUCAUACUAUCAAAAAGCACUCGAAAUUCGAGAACUUUCACUCCCUCCAAAGCAUCCCGAUGUAGCUGCUAGUUACAAUAACCUCGGUACAAUCUACAGCUCUAUGGGCGAUAAUCAAAACGCCUUAUCGUCAUAUGAGAAAUCAUUCGAAAUCAAACUAACUUCGCUUCCGCCGGAUC